CUGCUCGGGCCUCGUGGUCGCUGGCCCUUUAAGACGAGCGGGAGGGGGCUCGGAGCAUCUUGGCUGCGGUGUUUUUGUCUUUCUGUCACUGAGCGCUCCAGGGCCGAGGCGGCUGAAAGGAUUUCCAGAGGGCAGGUGCCGAGCGUACGAGCGCGAGGAAGGGAAGAGACAGCGAGGGGCCUGGGGAGGAGAGAGCCCGUCCCCGCGGCGCGAGCAGCUGGUCAGAGUUGGUGAGCUGUUGAUGACGGUUUGAAGCCCAGCCUCAGGCUCAUCAUGGCGCAGGUGCUGCACAUGGACCCAGGCUUCCCAGGGAAACUCAACCCGCCCGCUCCUCCUUCUCUCCAUGGCAAAGAGCAGGAAGCGCCCUACUCAGUGGAGACCCCCUAUGGCUACCGUCUGGACCUGGACUUCCUCAAAUAUGUUAAUGACAUAGAGAAGGGCAACACUAUAAAGAAGGUGCCCGUCCAGCGCCGGCCGCGCUACGGCUCGCUCCCCCGCGGCUACGGCUAUGCCGGCUCCUGGUGGACGUCCACGGAGUCUCUGUGCUCCAACACCAGCAUGGACAGCCGUCACUCCUCCUUUUCCUACUGUGCUCCAGGCUACCACACGCUACAGAGGCCCGGCUUUAGCUCCUCUCGGGUCGAGAAGACGCUGUUGGACGCACGGAGGAAGCUGGAGGAGGAGAAAGAGGGGCGUCGAUUCUCCAACCUGGGCAGCAUGCACAGCAGCAUAGCAGGCUCUAACACGUCCAUAAGCAGUGCCCACAGCUUCAAUCGGGCCCAGGGCGGUGGUGGAACCUUCACCCCCAUGAGCUCCGGGCUCUCCACCCCGGUGACGCCGACCCCAGCCCAUCUGCAGCACGUCAGGGAGCAGAUGGUGGCGGCCCUCAGGAAGAUAAAAGAGCUGGAGGAGCAGGUGAAGACCAUCCCUGUGCUGCAGGUCAAGCUCUCCGUGCUGCAGGAGGAGAAGCGGCAACUCAGUGUUCAGCUGAAGAGCCAGAAGUUCCUGGGACACACACUGGGCUUCAGCAAAGGGCGCCCUCGAGGGGAACUCUACAUCGACAUCCCAGAAGAAGAGUCGAGCACUGGACCUAAGAGCAACAGCAAGCCCGCGGGGCCACUGUCUCCCACCAGCCCUGAAUGCUCCAAACAGGACUCAGGAUGUGAGAUUGAGGACACAGUGAUUGUGGGAGGGGCUCGACCAGAGGCCAAGCGAGAAGUUCGCACUGUUGGCGUGGGACCUGAAGGCGACAAGGGAAGUUGUCAGGUGGGAGUCUGGGUUCGGGAGGAGGAUCUGGGUCUCGUGCCCGAGACGGAGGCUCUUAAGAAUCAAGUGGGUCAGCUUGAGGGCCAGCUAAAGAGGACAAUGCAGGAGCUGCAGGCCGCACAGCAGCAGGUAGCGACCCUCCAGAAAACCCCCCAGGCGGAGCAUCCGGUCAUGGCCACGAGCGUUGGCUGGCAGGAGCCACACGGCUGCAGCCUGCACACCCUGGUUAGCUUCACGCAGCAGCCUCAACAGACGAAGAGGAGGACCGUGGGAAUCCAGGUGUACACGUUAGAGCAGCCGACUGUGGUGGAGGUGGGCACGCGGCUCCGAGCAGAGACCUGCAGCCCCCCUGAGGUGGAGGGUCCCCACAGACAAGAUGUUCCCGUUGAGUUGCCGAUCGCAGUCAGCUCCAAACAGGUGCGCGACGUCCUCAAGAGUGAGUUGUCCACGUCGGUGCCUGUAGCCAAACCCGCCGUCGCUUUGGGCUCGUCUGGAAGUCAGGCCGGUCCGGGGUAUUCCAAAGGGGAAGACCAGCAGACGAACACAGACACUGUCCAGUCACAGGAAGACCCCAAAACAGCCUCAUCUCCCCAGUUCUCUCUGAGGUCCAUCAUGAAGCGGAAGGCAGAUGGUGAACCAGGAUCUCCCUCUACAAAGAAAAACCUACAGUUCAUUGGUGUCAAUGGAGGAUACGAGUCUACGUCGUCAGACGACAGCAGCAGCGAGAGCUCGGACGAAGGGAGCGAUUCCAGCGAAUAUCACGAAGCCAGAGAGAAACUACCCGACUCUACUGUUCAGCACCAGCAAAGAAGCCACGCCGCGGCCUCCGGGGCCCAAGGAAGCACCAGCGUACCUCAGCAAACCGCCGCCGACCCACCGGCCACCGCUCCCGCCUCGCAGCAGAGUCCCAGCCCGUCUGUGACCGUGGGCCCAGCUCUGCCGGAGCCACCGUUAAAGUCGCCAGCAGCCGUGCCUCCUCCGCGUCCUGCACCAGACGAGCAAACCCAGGAGAUCCCCGCCGCAGCGCCAAGCACCGGACCCACCCCCGAGCAAAGCUCUACGACGUCUCCAUCCGCUGAGAUGACCGAGCAGCAACACGCCGUCCAACCGGAGACGAGCGUCCGCUCCAGCGACAGCAGCACAAGUACCACAGCGUCGGCCAAGCAAGUCAGGCUGGAGCUGAGUGGCAGCCUGAUGUCAGCGCUUUGCACCCUGCAGAAGGCUCUGGGGGAACCAAAUGCCUUCAGCCAACAAGGAGCAAGGGCGGCCUACACCUCCGUGCUGCAGGAGUGGCUGCGCGUGUCCUGCCACAAAGCGGCGGACACGGCGGUGGUCAAGGCCCACAUGGACGCCUUCGCCUCCAUCUCGCCGCAGCUGCUGCAGUUCGUCAUCAACAUGGCCGACGGCAACGGGAACACGGCGCUGCACUACACCGUCUCCCACUCCAACUUCCCCGUGGUGAAGCUGCUGCUGGACACCGGUCUGUGUAACGCCGACAAGCAGAACAAAGCGGGUUACACGGCCAUCAUGCUGACGGCUCUGGCCGCCUUCCACUCCGACAGCGACCUUCAAACUGUCCUGCAGCUCCUGCGAACGGGCGACGUCAACGCCAAAGCCAGCCAGGCCGGUCAGACGGCGCUGAUGCUCGCCGUCAGCCACGGCCGGGGGGACAUGGUGCGGGCGCUGCUGUCCUGCGGCGCACAGGUCAAUGUGCGGGAUGACGACGGCUCCACGGCGCUGAUGUGCGCGUGCGAACACGGCCACGUGGACAUCGUGCGUCAGCUGCUGUCGGUGCCGGGCUGCGAUGCCACGCUGACGGAUAACGACGGCAGCACGGCGCUGUCCAUCGCGCUGGAGGCCAGCCAGAACGACAUAGCUGUGCUUUUGUACGCUCACCUCAACUUUGCAAAGCCUCCGUCUCCCGUUUCACCAAAGUCUCCGCUCUUGGGUUCUUCUCCUCCUGCCAGUGAAACAAAGUAAAGCUCUGCCACAGGAGUGUGUUUGUUCUCACCAUCCAUAACUGAACUACUUUAAGAUGUGCAGUUGCAUUGUUACCCAUUCAAAGCUCUCUCUUUGACAAAAUGGUUUAUUGUGUAGAACAAUCUCAAAAGCUGAACAUCUAGAAAUGAUGUAUAAAUAUUAGCUGCAUCUGACACUAAUCCAGUUCCCAGCACUUACAGGUUAAUACUGUUCACUGACUAACAUCACACAGUUAACCAUUAGGCCUUUGUUUCCUUUCAUACGGAUUUUAGUUGUGUAAAACUGUCGUGUGUGUUCAUUGCAUUAGCUUCAUUGUGUCAUUUGGAAUAAGUAAAGCCACCCCACCUGAAUAAUGAAGUGUCCUUGCAUCCAGCUCACUGGUGCUACAGAGGUAACGUCCAGAAAACACCACUUCAGCCGCAUAUCCGGAUUUAGGCACAAGCAUAGCGUAUUUUUGAUAACGACUUAUUUCAGAACUGCCAAGGAUUGUGAUUUUUAUUUUCCAAGCAAAGUUAAGUUUUUACACCUUUUUUAACCAGAGGAUUUAGGAUUUAUUUUGUUGCAGCCACACUUGAGACACUGCAUACUGACACAGCCUAUAGCAUCAGUGUGGUCGAGGGACAUCGGUACUAUGAUCUUUGUAUUUUUCUAUGGGAAGGUAUUUAGGCUGAGCGACUGAAAGCCUGGCUGUGCUUGUACCAGUGAGAGUCGUCAGGGAAUCAGAAAGUGAAAGGUCAAAAAUGGACGUGACAUGUAAGAUAUAAGUAGCAAAAUAAUAUAUGAACCGGUAGCUAUUAUGCCUGAAGUCUAAGUCCUUAAACAAACGUGCAUAGACUCUUGAUGUCUAUUACUUUAUAACUCUUUUUGAUGCAACCCUUUCUUAAUCACUUUUAAACAGUGGAAUUUUUAUAAACUCUCAUUCUUUAUUUAUGUAUCUCUCUUUUUAUACAUUUAGAAUUUUUAAGGCUCACACCCGCUUUAUGUACUCACACUGCUUUUUGUUUGGUUGAUGGAGGUUUAUGUAAAAUUUUAAAUUGUGUCUUUUUCCUCUUUUAAUUUGUGCAUUUUUGAGGAAGCUAUGACUCAAUAAAUGUGGACCACACUUUUA